CCGCCGGGAAGGCGGCUCCGCGGCCACAGGCGCAGGCCCGGGCCGAGCAGGAGACGCGGGGCGCGGCGGCCGCGGUAGCUCCGAGCCCGACAUGCGCCUGCCGAUGUGGCUGGCGCUGGCCGCGUCACUCUUGCACGUGUCUCUGCAAGGCGAGUUCCAGAGGAAGCUCUACAAGGAGCUGGUCAAGAACUACAACCCCUUGGAGAGGCCCGUGGCCAAUGACUCGCAACCGCUCACUGUGUACUUCUCCCUCAGCCUCCUGCAGAUCAUGGACGUGGAUGAGAAGAACCAAGUUUUAACCACCAACAUUUGGCUGCAGAUGUCUUGGACAGAUCACUAUUUACAAUGGAAUAUGUCAGAAUAUCCAGGCGUGAAGACUGUUCGUUUCCCAGAUGGCCUGAUUUGGAAGCCAGACAUUCUUCUCUAUAACAGUGCUGAUGAGCGAUUCGAUGCCACAUUCCACACCAACGUGUUAGUUAAUUCUUCUGGGCAUUGCCAGUACCUCCCUCCAGGCAUAUUCAAGAGCUCCUGCUACAUCGAUGUGCGCUGGUUCCCCUUUGAUGUGCAGCAGUGCAAGCUGAAGUUUGGGUCCUGGUCUUAUGGAGGGUGGUCCUUGGAUCUGCAGAUGCAGGAGGCAGACAUCAGUGGCUACAUCCCAAAUGGAGAAUGGGACCUUGUGGGAAUCCCAGGCAAGCGGAGUGAGAAGUUCUAUGAGUGCUGCAAAGAGCCCUAUCCAGAUGUCACCUUCACAGUGACCAUUCGCCGCAGGACCCUCUACUAUGGCCUCAACCUGCUCAUCCCUUGUGUGCUUAUCUCUGCGCUAGCCCUCCUUGUCUUCUUGCUCCCUGCAGAUUCAGGGGAGAAGAUUUCCCUGGGGAUAACAGUUUUACUCUCUCUUACGGUCUUCAUGUUGCUGGUGGCUGAGAUCAUGCCUGCGACAUCUGACUCGGUGCCCUUGAUAGCCCAGUACUUUGCCAGCACCAUGAUCAUCGUGGGCCUCUCCGUGGUCGUGACAGUGAUUGUGCUGCAGUAUCACCACCAUGACCCUGACGGUGGCAAGAUGCCCAAGUGGACCAGAGUCAUCCUUCUGAACUGGUGUGCAUGGUUCCUGCGCAUGAAGAGGCCGGGGGAAGACAAGGUACGGCCAGCCUGCCAGCAUAAGCAGCGCCGCUGCAGCCUGGCCAGUGUGGAGAUGAGCGCAGUGGCAGGGCCGCCUACCACCAAUGGCAACCUGCUCUACAUCGGCUUCCGUGGCCUGGAUGGUGUGCACUGUGCCCCCACCCCCGACUCCGGUGUCGUGUGUGGCCGCAUGGCCUGCUCCCCCACGCACGACGAGCACCUCCUGCAUGGCGGGCAGCCCUCGGAGGGAGACCCGGAUCUGGCCAAGAUCCUAGAGGAGAUCCGAUACAUCGCCAACCGCUUCCGCUGCCAGGACGAGAGUGAUGCCAUCUGCAGUGAGUGGAAGUUCGCGGCCUGCGUGGUGGACCGCCUGUGUCUCAUGGCCUUUUCUGUCUUCACCAUCAUCUGCACCAUCGGCAUCCUGAUGUCAGCUCCAAACUUCGUCGAGGCAGUAUCCAAAGACUUUGCUUAACCUGGUCCUGAUCCCCAGCAUGUAGGAAAAGCACAGACAGGCGAUGCAGUUGGCUUGGGGAGAAUUUGGGGUGCUAAUCCCACAGCCACACUAGACGUGAGGAUGCUGAUUUACCCGUUGCGCUUGCUGCUAGUCAUGUUAAUUAGAAUUACCUUGUUAUUUUCAGUAAUAGGAUCUCAGCACGCUUUUUUUUUAAUCCUCUCAGAUGGUCUACUUGAUAUUCUUGGGACGUCCAUGGGGUCACCAGCACCAACGAGAGGUCAUUUUUCCCAUUUUCCAAAGUCUGGUGAGCCCUUCAGAGAAGUCAGGUUGGCUCAGGACUGCCAGGGGAGACCUGUACAGUUGGUUGCAUGCCUGCAUGUCACUUGCCAAGAGAGUCUACAUGAAAAUUCAGCAUAUGCUUUUGCCUGUUUAUAAACCUAGAUUGAAAGUAGUAAUAGUAAUAAACCACACUCACUAGAUUCAUUCAAAUAAUUGGUAAAAGGAAACAAAACUAAAACUUAAAACCUGUUGUUUUUUUCUGCAAUUCAGAUUUUGUUUUCCUCUACCAGACAUGGCAGACAGAAACAAUUUUACACUGUUCCUACAUUUUAAGAGAGAGAGAUAGUUGGCCUUGGACAUUGUGCUUUUACCAGCCUGAUUUCUGCCAACCUACCCUGUGGGGGGAAUCAUGGAGGACACAGAUAUGUGUUGAUUCUGAACUAGGACCAGCUCUGGGCAAGUCAGAGGGAUUUCUGAGAUCCCAGGUGACUUCCACACUUCCUGUGCUACCCUCAGACACUGGGGAAUUGACUUCGCUCUAUUCUGAAAAACCCAAAGGACAAAUAGAGUUCUAUUAGAAUUAUCAGCCCAAUGUAAUAGCUAAAGUUAAAUUAAAUCAGCUAUAUGUUUUGUUUUGUUUUAAUAAUUUAUUAGAUGCUUCUCAUGUACUAGAGUUGAUUAGUCUUAGAAUAAAUGUGUGGGUACAUACAAAUGCACAACAUAAAGUGAAAGUAUGCUAUGCUUUUCUUUAUGUAUCAAGGCCAGGGGGCAGAGUCUGGGACCUCUUCUGGUUCCUUGUAUGACAGGAACUGGGAAGGAGAUGAUGUGGCCAGUGGUUUCCUGGAUGAAAUGCCAGUGGAAGGCAGCAGGAGGGGCUGGCAGGCUGUACAACCAGUAACUCAGUCUCUUGCAUUUAGGGAUCUGCUUUCCCACAGCUCAACUACCCCAGCUUUAGCCAAGAAAGAUGGCUUGAACAGGUAGAUUCAUUGGAGAUAAGCAUUUUGAAAGCAAGGGAAAAUUUAAUUUUUUUUAUUUUUUAAUAAAUUUAUUUUUAUUGGUGUUCAAUUUGUCAACAUACAAAAUAACACCCAGUGCUCAUCCCGUCAAGUGCCCCCUCAGUGCCCGCCACCCAGUCA